AUGUUGUCUGUGUCUCGUCUGCAAUCGUCGCGUCUCGCUCGCUCAUGCCUCUCACGCCAACCAGCGACUCGAUGUGAUCGCCGAGCCGCGUCUGGCUUCGCAAGAUUCAACUGGGAGGAUCCAUUCAACCUGGAGUCGCUACUAACUGAGGAGGAGAUCGCAAUUAGGGAUACUGCUCACCAGUAUUGUCAAGAGAAUCUACUUCCCCGGGUGCUGAAGGGUUGGAGAACAGAAGAAAUCGACCAUGAUAUCCUUCCAGAGAUGGGCAAGCUGGGAUUGCUAGGUCCGACAAUUCAAGGAUACGGUUGUGCUGGAGUUAGCAAUGUUGCGUACGGUCUCAUCGCUCGGGAGAUUGAGAGAGUGGACUCUGGAUACCGUUCUACUGCCUCCGUCCAAUCUUCGUUGGUCAUGCACCCCGUUAACGAAUUUGGAUCGGAAGCACAGAAAGAAGAAUAUCUCCCUCGCCUCGCAAAGGGCGAGCUUGUCGGCGCGUUUGGCCUCACGGAGCCGAACCACGGUUCAGAUCCUGCAGGCAUGGAGACAACUGCCGAAGAAGUAGAUGGCGGUUUCGUUCUCAACGGGAGCAAGACGUGGAUUACCAAUGCCCCAUUCGCCGACGUUUUCAUCAUUUGGGCAAGAUGCAAAUGGGACAGCAAAGUCCGUGGGUUCAUCCUCGACAAGGGCUUGAAAGGCUUGACUGCACCUGCUAUCAAGAACAAGGUUGCUCUGCGAGCUUCUGUGACAGGGUCCAUCUUCAUGGAUUCAGUCAAGGUCUCACACGACGCACUCCUUUCCAAGUCGAAGGGCCUCGGUUCACCUUUCUCUUGCUUAAACUCGGCCAGAUUCGGCAUUUCAUGGGGUGUGAUGGGUGCUCUAGAGGACUGUAUCGAACGAACACGCGCAUACGCUCUUGAACGACACCAAUUCAAUCGCCCUCUUGCCUCCUUCCAGCUAGUGCAGAAGAAACUUGUUGACGCCCACACUGAGGUUGCACUCGGCCUUCAAGCGAGUUUGCAGGUUGGUAGACUAAAGGACGAGGGCAAGGUUGCACCAGAGAUGAUCAGCAUGGUCAAACGCAACAACUGUGGAAAAGCACUGCAGCAUGCCCGUAUCGUCUUGGAUAUUCUUGGUGGGAAUGCAUCCGCAGACGAGUAUCACAUAGGCCGUCAUGUCGCGAAUUUGCAAGUGACAAAUACGUACGAAGGGACAUACGACAUUCACACCCUCAUCUUGGGCAAGGCCAUAACAGGCAUCCCUGCAUUCGCCAACUGA